GACGGCAGAGGGCGGAAUACGGGAGCUGGAGAGAGGAUGGCCGGGAGGGGGCGAAAUAGCAGGAGAACGGCGGAGACGAUCGUCAAAGCUGCUGGCUGGGUCGGUUGCUAGGUGGCGCCGAAAUCGGCCUUCGUGGUGGUUGUGAAAAGCUCCCACUCACAUUCUGGAGUUUCCCGGGGCCAUUGGAUGACGUGGCCGCCGGCCUGGCUGGGAAUCCGGGGCAGUGCGGCCCGCUCUGACACUCGAGCCGCAGGCUUGGGCCUUUGAGGCGCUUGGCCUGAGACGGUGACGCUGUAUGUCAAAAUCAUGUUGUGAGGAGUACCCCGAGAAAGCCACAGGCAGCCUCCCUUCCCCGGGCUGAGAGCAAGGAUGGAGGAGAAGUACAGUAGCAACAUCAUCUCCAACGCCCGCUUGGGCCCUGUGGAUGUGCCUGACUCCAGGUUAACUCGGUAUAUAACACUGCUGUGCCUGGCUAAGUUCCUGAAGGUUGUUGGAAUUUUUGAAUCUUAUGACCUCCUUAAAGUCGUACACAUUGUUCAGUUUGUCUUCAUAAUUCAACUAGGAUCUGCAAUAUUCUUGGUUUUGUUCCAAAAACCGUUUUCUUCAGGCAAGCCAAUCUCAAGACGGCAGUGGAUCAAGAUUAGCAAACAUGCAUUUGGUGGCUGCAUUAUUUUGCUGUUGUGGUUCUUUGGGCUCACACUUUGUGGACCAUUGAGAACAAUACUUCUGUUUGAGCACAGUGAUAUUGUGGUCAUUUCCCUACUUGGUGUGCUGUUUACAAGCUCUGAUGGAACCCCAGCAAAGACAAGAGGAACUGCAUUCUUCAUAAUUGCUGUUAUUUGUUUGUUAUUAUUUGACAAUGAUGACUUAAUGGCCAAGAUGGCUGAACACCCUGAGGGACAUCAUGACAGUGCUUUAACCCAUGCACUACAUACAGCUAUCUCUCUUCUUGGAGUUGCAGACCACAAGGGCGGGGUUUUACUGCUUGUGAUAUCGUUAUGUUUCAAAGUUGGCUUUCAUACAGCCUCCAGGAAACUCUCCGUGGAUGUUGGUGGAGCAAAGCGUCUCCAUACAUUGUCUACUCUAAUGUCGGCCCUGUUACUGUUUCCAUGGGUGGUCAUAUUGACUGCAACCACAGAGAAUAAAGUGGAAUCCUGGUCUUCCCUUAUCAUGCCAUUCGGGACAAUCAUCUUCUGUGUUCGAAUAUUGGACUUCUAUGUGGAAUCUAUAUGUUCAGCUAAAAUCGAAGUUUCAAAGUGUGCACAAUAUGGUUCAUUUCCAGUCAUUUUUGGGGCCCUACUUCUUGCUAAUUUCUGGACACAUCCAAUAACCGAUCAGCUGCGUGUGAUCAACAAACAAACCCUGCAGCAUAGUACUGAACACGUAUUGUCAGGUGGAGUUUUGGUUAGUGCUAUUUUCUUCAUACUAGCUGCUAACAUAUUAUCCUCACCUUCCAAGAAAGGUCAGAAGGGCACUCUGGUUGGUUACUCACCUGAAGGUACCCCACUGUAUAAUUUCAUGGGUGAUGCCUUACAGCAUACUUCUCAGUCUUUGCCCAAGUUUAUCAAAGAAUCCUUAAAACAAAUUCUGGAAGAGUAUGAUUCUAGACAAAUCUUCUACUUUCUCUGCCUUAACCUUACCUUCACGUUUGUCGAAUUAUUCUAUGGUGUGUGGACGAACAGCCUUGGCCUCAUUUCUGAUGGUUUCCACAUGCUGUUUGACUGUUCGGCACUAGUCUUGGGUCUCUUUGCAGCCCUAAUGACCAGAUGGAAGGCAACUCGAAUUUACUCAUAUGGAUAUGGCCGCCUUGAAAUUUUGUCUGGAUUUAUUAAUGGCCUUUUCUUAAUGGUUAUAGCAUUUUUUGUUUUCAUUGAGUCAGUGGCAAGAGUUUUUGAUCCUCCAGACAUAGACACAGAAAUGUUAACGCCAGUUUCCAUUGGGGGUUUAAUAGUGAACCUGAUUGGUAUCUGUGCCUUUAGCCACGCACAUUCCCAUGGGGGUUCUCAUAGCAGCUGUUCUUCACAUGAACAUGGCCACGGACAUGGACAUGGACAUUCGCAUAGUGACCAUGGGCAUGGAGGUCAUGGCCACAGUCACAGCCACAACCAUGGCCAUUCCCAUGGAUCUUCGACAGGAGGAAUGAAUGCUAAUAUGAGAGGAGUAUUUCUACAUGUGCUGGCAGAUACACUAGGCAGUGUUGGAGUGAUAAUCUCUUCUCUUCUGAUACGUCAAUUUGGAUGGCUAAUUGCAGAUCCUAUUUGCUCUCUCUUCAUUGCUGUGUUAAUUUUUUUAAGUGUCAUCCCACUCAUGAAAGAUGCUUGUCAGUUGUUGCUGCUACGGACACCACCAGAGUAUGAGAAACAACUCAGUAGUGCCCUUAAUAAGAUUCAGAAAAUUGAAGGUAUUAUAUCUUAUCGAGAUCCUCAUUUCUGGCGCCAUUCUGCUAGUGUAAUAGGAGGAACCAUCCAUGUGCAAGUCAUGCCAGAUGUUGUGGAGCAGAGAAUCAUACAGCAGGUCACAGCUGCUUUAAAAGAUGCUGGUGUGAAUAACCUGUCAGUUCAGGUGGAAAAGGAGUCGUACUUUCAACAUAUGUCUGGACUUAGUGCUGGUUUCCAGGACAUCCUUGCUCUGACUCAGCAAAUGGAAGCUGUAAAAUAUUUGAAAGAUGGUACCUACAUCAUGUGACAAGUCCUGAAACCUACUAAGGAGCGAUGGCAAUUCAAUGUAACAGGGAUUUAUAAAUAGUAUUUAUUUCAAGAAAAACUGAACAAAGUCAUCUGCAUUAUAUAGUUGUUUUGGAACAUUGUUGAUGUUUAUUUUCAUCCAGAUUAGUGAAUGGAAAUUUGAAUUAUAGAUCUAAAUUGUCAGCAUUAAACCCAUGGAACAACCUAUUCUUCAUUCUUAUCGCACAUCCACAGCAUUUUAAUCAUGUUUACAUUUUAUCUAAAAAGAUCAGAUAUUUUCUUGUUCUGUACAUUAUGUCACAUGAUCACAUGUUACCAAUGGUUUUGGAAAGGUAAUGAAAUUUGGUUAUACUGAGAUUUUUGUUUCUUGUGCUGAUGCUGCAUCCAGUUUGUUUUGUGUGGAAUUACUUGUUAAUAAUUGACCAACAAUUUACUGUUACCAGUUUUGUGUAAUUUGUUAUGUUUUGCAUUAUGUUUGUUAUAUGUGUACAAAUCCUGAGUAAUUUCCUUCUUGAUGAACCAUUGGAUGUAAAAUAUCAUUCUAUCCUUUACCCGCAUCUUUAAUAAGUAAAUUUAAAAAAACAAAAAAAAAACUAUAUAUGUGGCAAAUCUGAAUGGAAACUGAAAAUACUCAGCAGAUCAGGUAGCAGCUUUGGAGAGAGUCAGAUACAAGAUUUCAUCGGAUGUAAGAUAAUCAACCUGAAAUGUUAAUUAUUUUCUCUCCACUGAUGCUGGCUGUUUCUGUAUUUGUUUUCGUAAGAUAUUUAUGGAGAGGGGGAAGGGGGAUUGAAGAAAUAGCACAUACCUACCGGAAAGAAUUAAAUAGGCAUCAUUUAAUGGAUUCUGCUGCCUGUUUUUAAAAAAAGUGUAUUUUAUUUUCCCAACCAGCUCCUGAAUAUUUCCAUUGAGACUUCUCAUUUCACUCCUUUUCAUAGAUGACAGCAAAUCUGACAAAAUUACUCCCCGCAAUAAUCCAAAGAUGAUGAUGGUCUCAAUGUGACUAACUUCACCUCUUAGUUAAGAAUUUGAUGUCAAUACUCCCCAUUGGGGGAAUGUUCAACUUGUUUUCAAGUUGCUAGAAUUUAAAGUGGCACCCACAGUAUUCUAAAUUCUUGUUUGUCUUCUUUGGUCAUAGCUAAAAUAUAGCCUACUUUUUAUAAGUGUCAGAAAUAUACUUCUGUACAUAUGGUACUAAACUAUUGUAAUAGUCACACGUGAAUCUAGAAAAUAAUAUUCUAUUCCAAUAAUCUUAGAUUGUUUAAUAUUUCCCUGUCUCUCACCCUAAGUCUUCAUGUAAACAAAGUUAUUGCAAAAAUAAGACCAGGGUAUGUAUUUUUAUUAAAAUGAAACAAUUUAUUCG